AUGCAGGCCUAUCUCCAGUACCGUCGCAUCGGCCAAGCCGUGCGCAGACAGCUCGAAGAAGAUUAUCCGGAAUUUUCCCGAGUAGAGAAGACCCAUGAUUCAGGAGCCAUUCCGGACAACGAUGCUGCGAGAAACACACCGCAGCAUCGGCCAUACGCUCAAUUGCCUGGGGUGCAGCUGAAGGAGGUUGUCGACGAGACUGGCACCACUACCGCUGUCCUUCUCGUCGAAUGGGAACACGACCGCGAUCCCAUCAACCCACGAAACUACAGUAUUGCCGCGCGGCUUUCGGCGACCUUGCUCGUGACGGCGUUGGCAUUUGCUGUGGGAUGUGCGUCGUCAAUUGAAUCGGGCGUGAUGCCCCAGAACGCUGCUGCCUUCCAUGUCAGUGAUGUCGUCGCCUCCCUCGCAACGGGCAUGUAUCUACUUGGUUUCGCGACUGGUUCUAUGGUGUCCGGUCCGCUGUCGGAGGUUGUUGGCCGAAACGCCGUCUACACGGGGUCUCUCACCCUGUUCAUGAUCUUUAUCAUGGCUUCCGGGCUGGCACCCAGCAUCGGCGCGCAGAUAGUGUUUCGGUUCCUCGCUGGAGUGUUUGGCUGCCCUCCAUUGACUUGCGCCGGCGGGACUAUCGCAGAUCUGUGGAAUCCGUUGGAGAAGACCCUCACAUUCCCUCUCUAUGCUAUCCUGUCGUUUGGAGGGCCUGUUCUUGGUCCGGUCAUCGCCUCGUACAUGGGCGAAGGCACGCUGUCCUGGCGAUGGACCAACUGGAUUAUCCUGAUUCUCGCCGGGUUUAUCUUCGCCCUCAUUCUCUUGUUCCAGCCAGAGACCUACGGCCCGAUGCUACUCAAAUGGAAGGCUCGCCACCUCCGGCAUCUCACGGGCGACCCGCGCUACAAGUCCUCCAUGGAUCUGCAGAAAACCGCACUGCUGACCCGAAUCCGCCACGCAUGCAUCCGCCAAUUCAGUCUCACCAUCCAUGAACCCAUCAUCCUGUUGAUCUCGCUCUACAUGACCGUCAUCUACAUUGUGCUGUUCACCUUCUUCGACGGCUACACCUACAUUUUCAGCGACAUCCACGGUCUCUCGCAAGGUCUCACCAACAUCGUCUGGGUCGCGAUGUACGUCGGUAUCUGCCUCGGGGGACUCUUCCAACCGGAGGAAAAAUCCCCUCAACAGCACCAACACCACCACCACCACGCCCCACGCCCAGAGAACCGGCUGUGGUUUUCCAUGAUCGGCAGCCCCUUCAUCCCCAUCAGCCUGUUUUGGAUGGGCUGGACCUCCUACUCCAGCGUCUCCGUCUGGUCGCCCAUCGUGGCGUCCGCCGUGUUCGGGUUCGGCACCAUCACGGUGUUCAUCUCCUCGUACAUGUACGUCAUCGACGCCUACGACAUCUACGCCGCCUCCGCGUUGGGCUUCAUGACGGUGUCGCGGUAUUGUGCUGCCGGCGGGAUGACGGUCGUCGGCGUGCCGUUUUACCAGAAUAUGGGCGUGCAUUGGACGUUGACGAUUCUGGGGGCUAUUAGUGCGCUGCUGGUGCCGGUGCCGUAUGGGUUCUAUCGGUGGGGGGAGAAGAUUCGGGGCUGGAGUCGGUAUGCUGUUUGA